CCUCGGGGAGCGUAGGAAGGGCGGGGUCCCGGAUGUGUGUGGUGGCGAAGGCCGAAGAGCUCGUGUGCGGAGCUGAGAGGCCUAUGGAUGAGGAGGACGCGGCGGCCCCGGUUUGUUCUCAUGAACAAGAUGGAUGACCUCAACCUGCACUACCGGUUUCUGAAUUGGCGUCGACGGAUCCGGGAAAUUCGGGAGGUCCGGGCUUUCCGAUAUCAGGAGAGGUUCAAACACAUCCUUGUAGAUGGAGAUACUUUGAGUUACCAUGGAAACUCUGGUGAAGUAGGCUGCUACGUGGCUUCUCGACCCCUGACCAAGGACAGCAAUUAUUUUGAGGUGUCUAUUGUAGACAGUGGAGUCCGGGGCACCAUUGCUGUAGGGCUGGUCCCUCAGUACUACAGCUUGGAUCACCAGCCUGGUUGGUUGCCCGACUCUGUAGCCUACCAUGCUGAUGAUGGCAAGCUAUACAAUGGCCGAGCCAAAGGCCGCCAGUUUGGGUCCAAGUGCAACUCCGGGGACCGGAUUGGCUGUGGCAUUGAGCCUGUGUCCUUCGAUGUUCAGACUGCUCAGAUUUUCUUCACCAAAAAUGGGAAGCGGGUGGGCUCCACCAUCAUGCCCAUGUCCCCGGAUGGGCUGUUUCCAGCAGUGGGCAUGCACUCGCUGGGUGAGGAGGUACGACUGCACCUCAACGCUGAGCUGGGGCAUGAAGACGACAGCGUCAUGAUGGUGGACAGCUACGAGGAUGAAUGGGGCCGGCUGCAUGAUGUCCGAGUUUGUGGGACUCUGCUGGAGUACUUGGGGAAGGGCAAGAGCAUUGUGGAUGUGGGGCUGGCGCAGGCCCGGCACCCACUCAGCACCCGCAGCCACUACUUCGAGGUGGAAAUUGUGGACCCUGGAGAGAAAUGCUACAUCGCCUUGGGGCUGGCUCGGAAGGAUUAUCCCAAGAACAGGCACCCUGGCUGGAGCAGAGGCUCUGUGGCUUAUCAUGCAGAUGAUGGGAAGAUCUUCCAUGGCAGUGGUGUGGGGGAUCCCUUUGGGCCACGCUGUUACAAAGGGGACAUUAUGGGCUGUGGAAUCAUGUUCCCUCGGGACUACAUUCUGGACAGUGAGGGAGACAGUGAUGACAGUUCUGACACAGUGAUCCUGUCCCCGACUGCCCGGGCCGUCCGGAACGUCCGGAACGUCAUGUACCUGCACCAGGAGGGGGAAGAGGAAGAGGAGGAAGAAGAAGAGGAAGAAGAUGGGGAAGAGAUAGAGCAGGAGCAUGAGGGCAAGAAGGUGGUGGUUUUCUUCACCCGAAAUGGCAAGAUCAUUGGGAAGAAGGAUGCUGUUGUACCUUCUGGAGGCUUCUUCCCUACCAUUGGAAUGCUGAGCUGUGGGGAGAAAGUCAAAGUAGAUCUGCAUCCUUUGAGUGGCUAGGGGCUUCUCCUUCAGACCUGCCCCUUCUUCCUCUCCUCACCCUUUUCAGGACCAGGUAUCCAGUUUCUGACUUCCCUGAGAAUUUGCUUACCCAACAGGCCCUAGGGGGUGCAUAGUCACUCUGCCUCCUACAAGCUCAGGCUCCUGUCAAGCUCUUCUGUGCCCACAUUUUUGACCUGGUGCUGCCCCUUUUAUCAGUCCCUGGACCCGAGUCCCUGGUUGGACAGGAAUAGGCCCACAGCAGUGUUAAUAUGUGGUUUGGUUGCACCUGCUUUGGUCAGUGGGCUACUGGAUCUCCCUUUCCCUCACUGGCCCAGUGUAUGUGGAGAGGAGCAAGCACCCUGUCUUAGCUGCUAAGGCAUGAUGCUUUGCAGAGGGCAAAAUAGAAAAAGCCCCCUCCCCUACUUACUGUAGUAUUUCUCCUUGAAUCCUUUUUUGUACCUUGCCCUCAUUGUGUGACCCAAUUGCUGCUGUCAUCCCCCUGGUUGGACUAGGGGGCCUAUCUUGGAUCAUCUCUCUCCUUUCACUGGCUGCUGCCCCAAGAUGACCCCUCUAGAGUUUCCAUUCUUUGCCCUGAGAGCUGGCUUUCUCACCCUUACUGGCUUAGGCACCAUAGUCCCACAGAGAACCUGAGUCUCUGGCUGCUCCUCUUCCCACUGUACAUACACACAGAUGGGUGCCCUUACAUGUUUAAGAGAGAGGGGCUAUGAGAUGGUGGGAGACUGGCGCCUCUGCUCCUCUCUUCCUCCUGCCUGGCACCUUUGUCUCUAGUUCUCUGGGAUGGAGCUUAGGCUCUGGGGCAUGUCUCUUCUACUGUGGCAAGGGCAAGACCCCAGGGCCUUAACCGAGUGAGCCCAGAGGGGCAGCUUGGCCCCUUACUCCCCUUGACCUGCCCGCACCCUGCCCUGUGCCCCAGCUUGCUGCUUGUGCCAGUUGCCUGUUUUGCUUCAGUGUUUGAUUGUAACAUUUACAUAUAUCCUCCCCACUGAGCCCUCAUAUCUCCUUCUACCCCCUUGACCCCUGAACCCCUCCUCAUAACAGUGACUUCUCCUGGCAGGAAGAGGGAGCAGGAGCUGUUGGCUUUGGUUUGCACAGAGUGGGUAGGGCUGUGGGGAAAGAGGGUGAGCUGUUGUGCUGCUUGGCCCUUCUUUCAGGCUCUGCGCUAUGAUGUAUGAAAUGUAUGUACAGACCAGAGAUGUUUAUACAGCCAAUAAAGACGGAGUUUCUGUAUUUAUCAGUCCA